CUAGGCAUCUUAGAGUUCUUAGAUCUCCUUGGGGACAGAAUCCAGCUGCAGGACUUCCGCGGAUUCCGAGGUGGCUUGGAUGUUACGAGAGGUCAGACAGGAACAGAGUCUGUCUGCACCAAUUUCCGGGGCAAGGAGAUCAUGUUCCAUGUCUCUACAAAGCUACCCUUCACAGAGGGAGAUGCCCAGCAGCUUCAGCGGAAGCGCCACAUUAGGAACGAUAUUGUGGCCAUUGUCUUCCAGGAUGAAAAUACUCCCUUUGUCCCUGAAAUGAUUGCCUCCAAUUUCCUGCAUGCCUAUGUGGUAGUGCAGCUUCAUCACCAUGCCCUUGGGGAGACUCUCUACAAGGAGCGGACCCGCAGUGCUCUUCUCGAGAGUCUUUAUGAGGAGCUGCAGAUCCGGAGACGCAGUAUGAUGGGCUUGGCCUCUGGAGAUGAUGACAAGAUAGAGAAUGGGGGUGGUGGCUUCUUUGAGAAUUUCAAGUCCUUUGCCCUGCCUGGGAGAAGCCCGUCGCGCAACCGGGGCAGCCGCUUCAAUGGGAGACGCAGUAGUGCCAUUGGCAUUGAGAACAUCCAAGAGGAGAAGAGUCAGAAAACCUACAGCAACGGCUUGAGUUCUGUGAAGUCCUUCCAACAAAAGCAGGUGCGAUUCCAGCAAGUUAUCCUUAAUCACGCUGAGAGCAAAGACGUUGCUGAAAGAAUACAGAAGGUACUGGAGAGUCCAGGACCCUUCUUUGACCUCAAGUCAGAUGGUUUCUCCAGUCCCAGUUCCCCAGAAUUCCUUAACAGGAAGUGCAACAGAAUCCCCUCCAGCCAGACAUCCGAAUAUUGUGUGAUGCAGCCCCUGUCCCACUCCUCAUCCAAUGUGAGGAGCUGUUGCAGAAGAGUGAGUGAAAAUGGAACGUCUGAGGAGGAGGAGAUUGAGGCGGUCCCCAGAAGCAGGACACGCUGGCUCAGAGUGCAUGGUUGGCCGAUAAUGUCUGUACACCCAGCAGUACCAGCUCACCAGGUAAAGACAGCAGGAAUUCUUGUGUGUUCUUGGUCAGACUGUACAUUCCAGGGGCAAGGAUAAGAACAUAAGAACAGCCCUGCUGGAUCAGGCCCAAGGCCCAUCUAGUCCAGCAUCCUGUUUCACACAGUGGCCCACCAGAUGCCGCUGGAAGCCAGAGGCAGGAGUUGAGGGCAUGCCCUCUCUCUUGCUGUUACUCCCAUGCAACUGGUACUCAGAGGCAUCCUGCCUUUGAGGCUGGAGGUGGCCCAUAGCCCUCUGACUAGUAGCCAUUGAUAGACCUCUCCUCCAUGAAGUUAUCCAAACCCCUCUUAAAGCCAUCC